GCGAAUGGUAUUUUUAUCGUUAUCGAGCUUUUUGUUGCACGUGCAGUUGGUCAAAACAAAACACAGCGUAAAUAAACGGCAAUGAAUAACUUCGAGAUUCGGGAGUUGCCCGGAAAGGGGCGAGCCAUGAUCGCGACCAAAAGCUUUGCGACUGAUGAGGUGAUUUUCGAGGAGGAACCCUUUGUGUCCCGUCAAUUUUCAUGGAACGUGGCCUACGGCUACGCAGCCUGUGACCACUGCAUGCGGCCGCUGGAGACGGUGCUGGAGAACGUGCGACGGCUGGCCAGCGACCCCAAAGUUGAGGUGCCUCUGCUGCAGCACGAUCCAACGGCCCAGUGGGUGGGCCAGUUCACCCAGUGCUCGCGCUGCAAGGUGCGCUACUGCUCCGAGGACUGCCUGAUGGAGGCCCAAAAGCGGUACCACCGGGUGGCCUGCAUGGGCGCCUUUCGCUCCGACGACACACAUCCCAUUAACGUGCUGAACGAGACCUGGAAGAAGAUGCACUAUCCGCCAGAGACGGGCAGCAUCAUGCUGAUUGUCCGUCUGAUGGCUCUCUACCAGCAGAGCGCCAAGAAGGCGGAGUUCCUCGAACAGUUGCAGUCCUUCCAGGCACUGAUUGUGAAUCGCGAGCAGAAGAUCUACCACAAAAUGCUGGGCGAGAACUUCGAGCAGCAGAUGGAGCAGCUUUACCUCGCCUUCUGCAAUGCUUUUCCCGGCGAAGAGUUCGCCAUGUUCACCACGCCAGAUGCUUUUAAGACCCUGAUGGGAAUAAUGGGCACCAAUAGCCAGGGCAUUGCCACCAGCGUGCUGUCCCAGUGGGUGGUCAAGGUGUCGGACCUACCACUGCCGGAUGAUGACAAGACGCAACUGGACACGGUCAUCGACGGACUAUAUGCCAAAGUCGGAGAAUUUGCUGGCGAAUUCCUGAAUAACGAGGGCUCUGGACUGUACCUUCUGCAGAGCAAGAUCAACCACAGUUGUGUGCCGAAUGCCUGCUCAACGUUUCCCUAUUCCAACGACAUUGUUGUGAUGAAGGCCUUGGCUCCGAUCCAAGAGGGCGACGAAAUCUGUAUCUCCUAUUUGGACGAAUGCAUGCUGGAGCGGAGUCGCCAUUCGAGGCACAAGGUGUUGCGCGAAAACUAUAUAUUCGUCUGCCAGUGCCCCAAGUGCCGGGCCCAGGCCUCCGAUCCCGAUGAGACCAGCGAAGACGAGGAGGACGACGAUGAUAUGGACGAUUACGACGAUGAUGAUGAAAUGAAUUAGGCUAAGACUAUACUCUUACAACGAAGUUUGUUUAUUCAAUAAGUAAACAGAUCAUAUUUGUAAGCAUAUGUACAUAUGUAUGUGCAACUAGAUGUUAGAAGAAUAUAUGUUAUUUUGGAGAAAUAA